CCUCCGUCGUUGCGCCUGCGGGCCCCCUGCCCCACAUCCCGGUGUUUUAUGGCUGUGUGAGAUUCAAGACCUGAAAAAAUGGCAUUGGCAGUAAUUGAUCCACAGCAGAACAUUGUAUCGAGGGUUGCUAACCUUCCCUUGGUGAGCUCCACCUAUGAUAUGGUGUCCACAGCUUGCAUCACCACAAAGGAUAACCAUCCUUAUCUGAAAUCCCUAUGUGAGAUAGCAGAGAAAGGAGUGAAGACGAUUACUUCAGUAGCCCUGAUGAGUGCUAUGCCUAUCAUCCAGAAACUGGAACCGCAAAUUGUAGUUGCCAACAACUAUGCACGCAUAGGUCUGGACAAAAUUGAAGAGAGACUACCUAUUUUGAAUCAACCCGCUGACAAGGUUGUUGCUAAUGCCAAGGAUGUAGUUGUGGGAGCUAGAGAAGCUGUUAGAACCCCUGUGACUGGUGCCAAGGAAACUGUUGCUCACACGAUCACUGGAGUUGUGGGCAAGACUAAAGAAGCAAUGCAAGGCAGUGUAGAAAUGACCAAGUCAGUUGUCAAUGGCAGCAUUAACACUGUCCUGGGAAGUCGUGUGGUGCAGAUGGUGAGCAGUGGAAUGGACAGUGCUCUCACUAAAUAGGAGACCCUUGUUGACCAGUAUCUCCCACUUACAGAAGCAGAACUAGAGAAAGAAGCUGCAAAAGUUGAAGGUUUUGAAGUUGGAGUUCAAAAGCCAAGCUACUACGUUAGACUAGGAUCCUUGUCUUCAAAGGUCUGCACACGUGCCUACCAUCAAGUUAAAGUUAGAGAUGCUAAACAGAAAAGCCAGGAGGCAAUCUCUCAGCUCCACCACACUGUUAGUUUGAUCGAGUAUGCCAGAAAGAACAUGAAUAGUGCCAAUCAGAAACUUCUUGGUGCUCAGGAAAAGCUUUAUCAAUCCUGGGUAGAAUGGAAGAAAAAUACAGGCCAAAAUGAUGGUGAUGACUCACAUAGCACUGAGUACAUUGAGUCAAGAACUCUAGCUAUUGCCUGGACCCUCACUCAGCAGCUUCAGACCACUUGCCUCCCACUGCUUUCAAGCCUACAGGGGCUGCCACAGAAUAUGCAGGAUCAGGUUUACAAUGUUGGGUCAAUGGCAGGCGAUGUCUACCAGAGCUUUCGGUCAGCAUCCUCCUUCCAGGAGUUAUCAGACAGCUUUCUCACAACUAGCAAAGGACAGCUGAAGAAAAUGAAGGAGUCUCUGGAUGAUGUGAUGGAUUAUCUUGUUAACAACACACCGCUCAACUGGCUGGUAGGUCCCUUUUACCCACAACUGCCUGGCCUUCAGCAUGCUGAGAGCAAAGGUGAAGGGGAGAAAAAUUGCAGCCAGAAAGACGAACAGCCUGAACACGCUACUGAAUAAACUGCAUGGCAUGUGUGUACUCUGCUGACUGACCAAACAAGUAGCCUUAGCAAGUGUAGCUGUCAAAAGCCUUGGAGAAAAAUCCAUAAACAUAGAAGUGGGAUAAGCAUAGAGAAAAAGGACACUCACGCAUGAGCUGCAUUGUCCUUUGUAGUUAAGCCACUCUUAACUUAAACUGUCUUGAGUGCCAAAAUACUGACAGCUUACAGUUGUCAAGAUGCUUGUUUGUCAAGUUAAGAAACCUCACUGUGCUUGACUAAUGGUAUUAAUACCAUUAGUCUAAAUAAAAUGUGCCAUAGGUAAAAGCAUUUGAUAUGUUGCUUAAUCUGUACCAGAAUGAUAUAAAAACCUUGCAUGCUAUGAAAUGCAUUUAAAAGCCCUGCAGUCUAGCUAGAUAUGUUUAAAUUCCAUAUUUGCUUUGGAUCACACAUUUGAUGAUUAUGGUUCUGACUGUCUCAAAUUCUGCUGCUACACAGUUCAUGACAAAAGGUCUGUGAGUACAGAAUUCCAAAGCUGAAAGUGGGGUUUCUGAAUGAGUCAGCUGGAGUUACUUAAAUGCUGUGACAGCGUUAACAUUAACUAUCUAAACUUAACUAUUGUAUAACAUAGUAACCUGACCACAGAAUUCUGGAGUAUCUAAAGUUGUAAGGGGAUCCAUAAGGAUCAUGGAGUCCAACUCCCUGCUCCUUGCAGGACUACCUAAUACUAAACCAUAUGACUCAGUGUUGUCCGCAUGCUCCUUGAACUCUUGACAGGCUUGGUGCCAUGACUGCUUCCCUGGUGAGCCUGUUGCAGUAACAGACCAAAUCAUUAUCAACAUGUUUUUCUAAUAUACAGUAUAAAGACAAGAUUCAUGCUGUUUGUACCCAGGUGCCUGAUGUUGUGUGGGUAGUUGGUUUUUUUUGUAGCCAUCUUUUUGUAAUUCAUUUUGUAUAUUAGUAAUAAAUGCUUCAGUAGCCAAAGUCUGUCUCCAUUUCAGUGGUGUUUAAAACAAAUGUAACUUGCUGUUCUGUGACUCCUUCAAACUGAGUCCAGCAGAAAGCAAGCCUGAAAUGCAAAUGAAGUAGACAUGCAUUGAAAAUAUGUGUGUGUGUAUGUAUAGAUAGGUAAGAGAUUGCUGCAGCAUGUCCUUCCUUUGAGUUCCUGUGCAUCCUUCCAUUCAGUCUUAGCUUAGCUUUACUGCUGCUUUUUUUGGUGUUUUCUGUUGCCUGCCUUUAACAAUGACCUAAGCUGUGAGCUGAUGGAUAUAUUAAUAUUGAGAAGGAUACAGACAAAAAAAUGCCCUGUCCUAACUUUGCAGUAGAUAUUCUGUGUGUGUGUGACUGCUAGCUAGCUGCUUUGGCAGCUGGCUCCUUAUAAACAGUAUAUACUCAGCUGCAAAGACCAGUUUUAACCUGUUUAACUUUAUUUACCCUCUUCUGAACUUGAGUGACUAGCAUAUAUUAACACUCAGCUAUUUGGGUACAAUCGUUCCUCAGUAGAUUCUGUGAAUCCCUCUCCUGGAAGAGAAUUACAGUCACUGAGAAAUAAGCUUUCUUGGUUUAGGGCUGUCCAGGUAAGUUGUGUCUCUGUUCUUAAUGCAUGCCCUGUGCAAAUUUGAGUUUUGUGUAGCAAUGCUGACCACCGUUUUCAGAGGUCACCAAGGAAAUGUAAAGGAAAAUAAGAGUUCAGAGGAAGCUUGCCACCUGGUGGCAUGUUGCUAUAUGGAGCAAUACCCCUCUACUGCUGGUACAACGUGGGCACUAAAGCAAAUGACAUGUACUGUAGCCUACUGUGAGAGGGCUUGUAUCAAGACUGUUUUAAGCACAGUAUUAAAAAAAAAAACAAACAAAAA